UCAGGUUCACAGAACAAUGACACUAAAAGACAGUUUCUUCUGGAACGGCUGCUGGAUGCAGUUAAACAGUGUCAAAUACGAUUUGGAGGAAGAAAAGAAAUUGCUUCAGACUCUGAUAGCAGAGUCACUUGUUUGUGUGCUCAGUUUGAAGCUGUGUUUCAGCAUGGUCUGAGGAGGAGCCGAGGACUAGCAUUAACAGCAGCAGCCAUCAAACAGGCAGCAGGCUUCUCCAGUAAAACUGAAACAGAGCCAGUGUUCUGGUACUAUGUGAAAGAAGUUCUGAAUAAACAUGAACUGCAGCGCUUUUACUCUCUGAAGACAAUUACCACAGACAUUGGUAGAGGCCGGGCCUGGUUGCGCUGUGCUUUAAAUGAGCAUUCACUGGAAAGAUAUGUUCAUAUGCUGCUGGCAGAUAAGAAUCGACUUAGUGUCUUCUAUGAAGACUGGUCUUUUAUGAUGGAUGAAGAACGUUCUAGUAUGAUCCCUACCAUGGCAGCUGGUCUGAACUCCAUUCUUUUUGCAAUCAACAUUGACAAUAAGGAUUUAAAUGGGCAGAGCAAAUGCACACCCACUGUGUCUGAUUUGUUAAAGGAAUCAACACAGAAUGUGACCUCAUUGCUGAAAGAAUCCACUCAGGGUGUUAGCAGCCUUCUUAGAGAGAUCACGGCAUCAUCUGCUGUCUCAAUUCUAAUAAAACCUGAUCAAGACACUGACCCACUUCCUGUUCUCUCAAAGAGUGUAAAUACUGAUUUGAAAUGUAAAAAAGACAGAAAAAAGAAGAAGAGAGUGACUAAUAUUAUCUCAUUUGAUGAAGAGGAAGAUGACCACAAUUUGGGGGAUGCCACAAAGACUCUGAUUACAGGGGAAAGUUCAGAGGAGAGUAUAGACAAAUCUUUAGUUUUUGCAUUACCCUUAUCUGAAAGCAUUCUCGGGAAGAGUUUGAAUGGGACUGAAAGUAGCCAUUCGUGGAAGAGUAAUUCAGUGUUCAUGAAUGGAGAGUAUGAAUACCGGAAACUAGAUGUGAAGAGCAUUGAUGAUGAAGACGCAGAUGAAGACCUGUGUGAAAAAUCGUUAGGAAAUAAAGGCACAGAAGGGGAAACUGAAGCUUCUGAAAAGCCUCAUGAACUAGGCACAUGCAACUCACAGAUACGCAGCUGGAGUCCUCUUCAGGUCCUGAACGAUGACUCAGGUGUUUUAUUUCCUGUCAGUGCUGUUGGGUCUUACUCCCAAACAGAUAACUUGGAGAAUGGAGAGGGACAUGAACAUGUUCAUGCAGUAGAACUGGUUCCAAGAAGAUCUGAUCUUCCCUACAGAGUGGAAGUCAGUCCUCCAGCUCAAGUGAAUACUUUAAGCAAUAUGUUGCCUUCAGCGACUGUGCCAGAAUCCAUGACAAUUAAUGAACUUCGUCAAGCUAUCGUGGCCAUGAUGAAUAGAAAAGAUGAACUGGAAGAACAGAAUAGAUCUCUGAGAAACCUGCUUGAUGAAGAGAUGGAGCAUUCUGCAGCACUAAGGCAGGAAGUGGACAACUGGAGAAGGAAAGCAGCAGAGCAGGAAGAGCGACAUGCCAUGAAAGUCCAAGCAUUGGCACGGUAAGGAGUGCUGAAACUGUCAUAA